AUGCUCGAGAUCCGAGAGCUGCGGCCGCUGCUGGCGAUUCUGAAUGAAGACGACAAGCCGCUGGAUCAAGUGACUGGCACGUUUCUCCGUACGUUUACGAAGAACGACCACUUUAAAGUCGGCUGUACGAUCUGCAUUUUGCUGCAGGACAAUCUGCUCACGAGCUCUCAACGGUUCGUGGGCUUAUCGAUCUUGAGUGAGUUGUACCGCAAUGACGGCACCACGACGAAUCCGUUCUUGCCAGUGUUCUUGGCUGCACUGGAAAAAGGCAGUGACGUAUGCGAGAAGCUGUUCGUUGUGCACCUGCUGUCGGCUGCUGGUGCUACUCGUGACUCGAGCAAGAAGACAGCAAAGCAGUUGAUGGCAGAUUUCCGAGCGAACCCGUCGCAGUCUGUGCAGUUUGACGUCGGAGCGAUGAGAAAGAGUUACUUGGAACGCACCCCCGUAGUGCCGCAGUUCCGCGCUGCAGGGAUUCGAAACGUGGUGACGGACACGGAGUUUGAUUUGCAGGAGCACGUAAACAAUGGGGCCAACCUGCAAGUUCCCCCGAACGAAGUGAGUUCGCUGAACCUGCCAUGCUUUGAAGCGCUAUCCUUGGAAGAGAUGAGCUUGCUCCGCGACGAUAAGUCUGCGGCCAGCACUGCCGCUGCACCACCCAAUGCUGCUGCGGGUACCUCAGCUUCUAGUUCGCUGUCGUUGCUGAGCUUCGAGCCGACGUUUAUGCGCCUUCCUCCGCCCAUUCUCGAGCCAGACAUGACCGAGUUGAUAUGGUUGAACCCGGACUACUACCCCACGUUGUUGUGGGAUUCGACGAUGCUGAAUUCGACGCACGGCAUAGCUUUGCGCGAGCUCAUGCAGCGCGCCUUUCAGAAACCGCUGGUGCCUUCACUGCAGCAAAAAGUGCUUGCAGAGCUCGAAGCAGAUCCGAAGCUUGUGUAUCACUGCUCGCUGACGCCGCAGCGAUUACCAGAUCUAGUGGAAAACAACCCCAUGUUGGCCAUCGACUGCCUGCUGAAGCUCAUGUCGUCGAACCAGAUCACAGAAUAUCUGUCAGCGUUAGUGAACAUGGACAUGUCGCUGCAUUCGAUGGAGGUUGUGAACCGACUGACGACGGCAGUGGAUUUGCCCACCGAGUUCAUACACCUGUACAUUUCUAACUGCAUAUCAUCGUGCGAGAACAUCAAAGACAAGUACAUGCAGAACCGGCUCGUGCGUCUCGUGUGUGUUUUCCUGCAGUCGCUGAUCCGGAACAAGAUCAUUAACGUGCAGGACUUGAUCAUUGAGGUACAAGCUUUUUGUAUUGAGUUUAGCCGUAUUCGCGAGGCAGCCGGGCUGUUCCGCUUAUUGAAGACACUGGAGUAA